CAGUAAAAGCUGGCUGGGGCGGAGGAGGAAGUGAGGCUGGCGUUUCGGAUCUUGAGCAGUCUGCGAGGCUGGUAGGAGCUGUGCAGUUGCCUUUCGAAGGGUGGCUGUUGGGAAGAAGGGCCGCUACGGCCUUCCCCCGCUUCGCCAGCGGCCUGUGACUAUUUGUUUAUUUGGAAGCUUGGUGUUCCCUGCCUGUAGCCAACCAUGAGCCCAGCUGAUACCAAGCGCUGUGGAACCAAGCGUCGGAAAAAUAAAAAAGGAGGCAGCUUUGGCCCAUCAAAUCUAGCUGGAGUCUUCGAGGUCAAAUCUGUUGGACCAUCUUCCAAUAUUGCCCCCUCCUCCUCUUUCUCCUCCUCAAGCCCAUCUACUUCUACCGUAGCCCUCUUGCAGUCUCCCAGUACCAACAUAGCUUCUUCUAGCACUGAAAAUGGUCUGGCAGUAGUUGCCACAGCUCCCAACUUGAUUCCUAGUGAAAGAAUGAAGAAAGCCGAGUUACCGAAAAAGCGCUGUGGAGGAACAAUUAAUUCUAGUCAAACUUGUAAAAGAAACGCAGUUAGUAACACGGGUCCUGAAACAGGUUCCCAAGAACCAAUUGAUGUUGAAGUUAACACUUGUGAAGAAGUAGUUGACCUGACUUGUGAAUCUUCAGAACCAAUAGUAGUUGAUUUGACACACACUGAUUCGGUUGUGAUUGUUGAAGAAAAUGUUUGUCAACCGCAAAAUCAAGAAUUUAGAAAUCAACUCCCUGACAGCUGUAUAUUAAGCAGUGAUGAUGAUGAACCAAGAGAUGAAGUGAUUUUAACCAGCACACUAACUAAAGAAUUUGAAUUAUUAGAAGAUGAUGUUCCAAGUUCACACCGUUCAGGUACUGUGAGUUGCCCAAUUUGCAUGGAUGGCUAUUCAGAGAUUAUUCAGAAUGGACGGCUCAUUGUAUCAACGAAAUGUGGUCAUGUCUUCUGUAGCCAAUGUCUCCGGGAUUCUCUAAGAAAUUCUAAUUCUUGCCCAACUUGUAGGAAGAAACUUGGCUACAAACAGUAUCAUCCAAUUUAUAUAUGAAACUUAGAUCCUUCUACAAAGAAACUAAACUGUACUCUUCUGAAUGCUUCAUAUACGUAUAUUUUCAGCAACAAUAGAAUAUUAUAAUUUUCCAGAUGCAACAGUUAACAUGCAGAUCAUUUUGGAGUUAUAUUAUUAGUAUGUAAGCUUUUUUAAAAAAUUUGGUUAAUCAUAUGAAAUUGGCUUUAUAGUCCACCAAAGUAUGUAGAUGUUUGAAGGACAGUUAGCUACAAUGAAAGCAAAAUGGUAUUGCCAUGCUGUUUUUGAAAAAUGACAUCUCUUCAAGAUAACAUUUUUUUACUUCAAAUGACAGGAUGAAAUAUGUUUUAAUUUGCCCAAGAUACAAGCCAUGUUUAUGAUAAUGUGAGUAAUAGCAGCCUACAUUUUUCUUUUUGCAUUUCAUUCUCAAAAAAAUUGAGAAUUUGUUUCCUGAUGAUAUGCUACCUUUUGCAUGAACUUCUGCUUUUCCAAGAAGACUAUAUUUUGUAGCCAAGGUGCACCACAUUUCUAACAUUAAAUGUUUAAAUCUUUUAUUUGGAGGUUUUUUGGAAGAAAGUAGUAGGACCAUAACUAGAAAAUAAAAUGUUUGACUCUAAAGUAUAAUCAUAAAUAUUUUCUACAUGCACCUAACUUAACAGAAGAAUAAAUUGAAACCUACUUCAUUAUCAUCUCAGAACAAGGCAAAGUGAAAUGUGAGUUCUGGCGUAAGAUGUAUCAUAUAUUUGGUAAAGUGAAGAUAAUGAAUGCUGUCUUUCAGUAAAUACAUUUUCAUCUUGGUUGGAAUGGUUCUUUCAAUUCUCUUUAUUUAGUCAUAAAGUGCAGACUGAACAUUUUUAAUCCCUAUACUAUCAAUGAUUAUAGUGGCAAAAUACAAUAGGUGCAUUUUGGAAAUAUUAAUAAAGCCCUUAUUAGUCUGGUUGCCAUUAACAAUUAGAAUGAUAUAGCAUGAAGUAAUAACAAACAGUAAGUUUGUUAUUAAGAAUUUUAGUUUGGAGCUUCAUAUUUUGCUAUAUGCUACACUGAUGAAAAUAGUAGAACUUGUAGUUUUUGCAUAGGCAGAAGGAAGUGAGCCAUGCAGCUUGGAUAGACAAUUUAUGUUCUAUUAUCUAUAUUAAUGAUGUUGCUUAUUGUAUAAUCAUGAAGGGUUUCUUAGCAGCUACCUUCUAAAUGAAAGUUAUAUUUACAAAUUAUCAUGAACAUAGAAACAAUCUCUCUACAGUAUUAGGAAUUCCAAAAUUGAAUUGAAUAUUUUGCCCUUUUUUUUUUAGAAUUUGUAAAAAGAUGCUAGAUGCAAAGCAUUAUGCAAAUUAAAAAGAUACAAUAAUUGCAAGUUAGAUGUUAUUUACAGUAAAAACAAACCGGGGCACGGUUAACAUACGUAUCUAAAGCAACACCCAGUGAUACAGCAAGUGUGCAAUCUUAUUUUUUUAUGUUGAGAUAUUUAUUGGUUAAUUUGAUUUGCCACCCAUCUUGACGUGGGCCUCACCACCCUCUGGGGGAGCUUGGAUGGAGUUGAUACCUUUUACAGGCAACCUGGCCUUGGUCCAGUUCAUCUUCUGUAAGACUUGGAGGCAAGUUAGGAGAGCCAGGUUUCUCUGGAGCCUCUCCAGUAUUGUCAGGGUGCUUGACAGAACAAGACUGAGAAGCCAGGCAUGGAUGAUGGGAUUCAGAGGCCAGGACCUGUCAACUUCCAGUUUUCUAGGAGCCUGGCCUGAGGGAGCAGCUGUCCCAAGGACAGAGGGAAGGGGAUGUUCUUCCAAACCAUCCAGUUCUUCUGCAACUAUCGCUGCCAACUUGGUCUUCCAUUUCUUCCAGGUCUGUUUUAUAAUCCUAACCGCUUUACGUAACCUCUGGAAACGUUUCCUAGCUAGCCACUGGCGAACAGCUGACUGGAUGAUGGUUGCAGAUCAUCUCUGCCUGGCGAUUUUCUUCUCAGAAACCUUCUCCAACAGCACUGGAUGCACAACACUUUCUCAGAUAAGACAGAAGCCCUUUGGUUUUCGAGAAUCUCCAACGUGGAGUUGGUCAUAAAUACUUUUGUCAUGCCACAAAACAUGGGUAGGUUGGGUGAUUUUGUUUCUCCAGGUUUGACAGAAGAAUUAAUGGGUUUCACGUGCCGAAGGAUAUCUUGGACCGUAGACUGCAAAGUGUCACAUGUUUCUUCUAUAGGAGGAGUCACUGAUUUGCCGUUCUCUGCAUCAGGGGAAAAGUCAUUUCCUUGUUUGGACGUUGCUUUCAGAUUCCGUUUCUUUAAUUCCUUCAGCAGCCCAUAACGUUCUAAAAAGCUUCCAAAGGAAAUCCUAAUUGAAAAGCCAGCUGCACUGAUGUUGAUGGUUUCUAUAAUGCUGUACGCCUCCAACUGAUGCAGAACCUCCUCUUUUCUGAAAAGGGCCGUCUUUCAGUCUGCGUUGGGCUUAAUGCACCGGAUGUAGUUCGGGGUGGUGCCAUGCAGGAUCUCCAUAAGUUGCUCGAGCGAACCCUUAAAAUUUGAGACAACUGACAAGUGCAGGUUUUGCUUCCAUCUUCGUAUCAUUUUCAUCAGAUUUGGUGUUUGUCUCUUCAACAGGAAAUAAUUUUCGAAGAAGCCAUCCUGGGAUUGUUGCAGCAAGAGGACUAACUCUGGGGGACGGGAUUCUUAUUUUUUUCCACCAUACUCUCAAUUUGAUAGCAGACACUACCAGCGUAAUGGGAUAUGAUGAUGUUUGGCUCCUUCCUAAAUUUGUCUCAGCUUACACAGGUGUUCUUGGACAGAACAAUCUUAAUCCGACUUUGAAACUGUGCAGCAUCGGAGGUCCAGUUAAGGUGACAGGCCUCAUUUUUUUUAUAAUUAUUUUUUUUAACAACAAACAAAAAUCUCGUCAAACCAAUUACAAUUGUUUGUGGGGUGUUUACAUAUCUUCUUGUGCAAUUUCAAAAUAAACAUCUCUUUCAUACAUCUGUCUUACAUUGUCCAGGUCUCUUACUCAAUCAAUUUUUAAUUAAAAAGUGGUAUUUUUUAUAGUAACAUUAUUCAUUCCAUUCUCCUAAAUUAGUUUAAUUCAAAUUACUUCCCUUAAUCUUGACCUCGUUUUUUAAAAAAUCUUUUCUAACAUAACUUUCCUUCUAACCAGUGAUAAAAUAGAUCCCAUAUUUUAUAAUAUUGUUUAUCUUGUUCUCUAAUUUCAAAUGUCAAUUUACUUAUCUCUGCACAUUCUAUCAUCUUCCUAAUAAUUUCAUCUUGCGAAGGUAAUUUCUCAUUUUUCCAAUUUUUAGCAAACACAAUCCUGGCUGCUGUAAUAAUAUUCACAAUCAAAUAUUUUAAAUCUCUAGUAUAUAUUUCAGGUAUAAUUCCCAACAAAAAAACUUCUGGCUUAAAGUCUAUAUGUUUUUUGAUCAUUUUCUCCAACCAUGUGUGUAUUUUAGUCCAAUACCUUUUCGCUACAUGUCCACCACAUACGGUUAUAUGAUCCAGGUAUCAGAUGACACUUCCAACAUUUUUCAGAUUUAUCCUUGAACAUUCUAGCAAUUCUUGUCGGGGGUAGAUGCCACCUGUAAAACAUCUUAUACAAAUUCUCUUUAUAUGCUGUAGACAUUGUCAUUUUAUAGUUAUACAUCCAUAAUUUCUGCCAUGCCUCUAGAUCUAUCCCAUGACCAAAAUUCUUUCCCCAAGCAAUAAUUGUCUCAUUUGUUUUUCCUCCAAUUUAACCUCUAAUAAAUAUCCAUACAAUUUCCUAAUCAAAUUAUCAUCUGUACCUGUUAAAAUCUUAUCAAAACCCGUUAUAUUAUUAUAAAAGCCUUCUGUUUUAGAAUCUUUAUCAUAUCUGGAGUGUAUUUGCAGGUAAGAAAACCAAUUCAUUUUUAUGCCUUCUAGUUCUAGUUUAGUUUUUAACUCACCUUUUUCAUUCAACAAUUCAUUGUACCUAACAAUUUGUUCCUUUCUAAAUGUUAUUGGAUAUGAAAAUGCCACAAUAGAUGAUACCCAAAUUGGAAUUUUUUAAAAAUGACUUCUUUAUCUUCUCCCAGUUUGAUAACAACACCUCUCUUACUAAAUGUCUUCUAAAAUAUCCCUGUGUUUUAGCUUGUCCAUACCAUAAAAAGGCAUGCCAUCCCAGCAACAAAUCAUGUCCUUCCAAAGUCAAUAUUAUUUCCUAGAGUUAUCCAUUCUUUAAUUCACAUCAAGUUUGCUGCUUGAUAGUACAAUUUCCAAUUAGGUAGCCCAAAGCCCCCUCUCAUUCUCACAUCUUGUAAUAAUUUUAAUUUUAUCCUCACUUUUUUGCUUUGCCAAAUAUAUUACAACAUCAUUUUAUUCAAUUCCUCAAAGUAUCCUCUCCCCAGUUUAAUUGGAAUUGUCUGGAACAAAUACAAAAUUCUAGGUAGUAUAUUCAUCUUAAUCGUUGAUAUUCUUCCAAGCAGUGACAAUUGCAGAUGUUCCCAUUUUGCCAGAUCUGUCGCAAUCUGCUUUUGAGUCUACUAUAAUUAUUCUCUUUCAACAUGCUACACCUUGCUGUCAAAUAUGUCCCCAAAUAUUUAACUUUGUUUGUUACCUGCAUCUCUGAGCGUUCUGCCAGUUCAGUUUUUUGCUUCAUUAACAUAUUUUUUGUCAAAAGUCUUCGUUUUAUCCUUACUAAUUUUCAAGCUUGCAGCUUUCCCAAAUUCUCCUAUUUUAUCUUUCAAGCAAGUUAUAGAUUCUAAUGGAUCCUCAAUAAUAAAAACCAGAUCAUCAGCAAAAGCUUGAAGUUUAUAUUCUUUCUUUUGAAUUUCCAUACCUUUUAUCUCUCUUUCCUCUCUGACACUUAAUAAUAAUAACAACAGAGUUGGAAGGGACCUUGGAGGCCUUCUAGUCCAACCCCCUGCCCAGGCAGGAAACCCUACACCAUCUCAGACAGAUGGUUAUACAACAUUUUCGUAAAUACUUCCAGUGUUGGAGCAUUCACAACUUCUGAAGGCAAGUUGUUCCACUUAUUAAUUGUUCUGUCAGGAAAUUUCUCCUUAAUUCUAAGUUUAGUUCUAUUUAAUACUUUAAAUAGUUCUAGUUUAGUUCUAUUUAAUACUUCCAGUGUCAGCACAAACAGCAGCGGUGACAGUGGACAACCUUGUCUUGUGCCUUUUUUAAUUUGAAUCGCUUCAGUCAAUUCACCAUUUAUCAUAACCUUGGCUGAUGUUUAUGGUAUAUAGUUUCUAUUGCUUUAAUAAACAUUUCACCAAAACCCAUUUGUUUCAGUUGUAGAAGAAUAAAAUGCCAAUUAACGUUAUCAAAGGCUUUUUGUGCAUCCAAAAAAAUCAAUGCCAUCUCCUUUCGGGUUGAGCCUCAUAAUAUUCUAAAGUGUCCAAUAUUAUUCUCAUACUGUUUUUAAUAUGUCUUUUAGGCAGAAAUCUAUUUUGAUCAGGAUGUAUAAACUCAUUCAAGUAUUGUUUAAGUCUUUCUUUUUUUGUUUGUUUGUUUACAUUUCUAUCCCGCCCUUCUCCGAAGACUCAGGGCGGCUUACAGUGUAUAAGGCAAUAGUCUCAUUCUAUUUGUAUAUUUUUUACAAAGUCAACUUAUUGCCCCCCCAACAAUCUGGGUCCUCAUUUUACCUACCUUAUAAAGGAUGGAAGGCUGAGUCAACCUUGGGCCGGGCUUGAACCUGCAGUAAUUGCAGGCUACUGUGUUCUAAUAACAGGCUUCUUAACAGCCUGAGCUAUUCCGGCCCCUGCCAAUAUUAAAGCAAAAAUUUUAUAAUCAGAGUUUAACAGAGAUAUUGGUCUAUAGAUUUUAACUUGUUUUAAAUCAAUGUCCUCUUUUGGGAUAAGCAUAAUAUAGGCCUCUGUCCAGGUCUCAGGUAUUUUUCCCUUUUGCAUUAAUAGCGGAAGGCCCAACUGUUCUUGAAAAGUCACAUAGUAUUCAGCUGGCAAUCUGUCUGGGCAUGAUGCGUUUCCACUUUUCUGUUUUUUAAGCGCUUGCAUUAGUUCCAUCAUUGUUAUGUUCCCCUCCAACAUCAUUUCCAUGUCUUUAGGAAUCUGGGGUAAAUUUGCUUUAUGUAGAUAAUGUUUCACAUUUUCCUCAUCAAUUUCCUCUUUUCCAUAUAAUUGCCUAUGGAAAUUUUGAACAAUCUUUUUCUUCUCUUCAUUCAUGUAUUGGAUCUGGCCUUUAUUAUCCACUAGUUGUGAUAUUCUACGAUUUUCUUUCUCUUUUUUGAGUUUAUAAGGUAGCCAUCUACCUGGUUUUCAAAAUAAUUCUGUUUUGCCCCUUUGAUUUUUUGUGCUAGUUGUUCUUUUUCAAUUAAAGCCAUUUUAUGUUUAAUUAAUUCCAUUCUUAUUUUAAUAUCUUUUCUCUGAAAAUUUUUGUAAAUCUUGUUCCCAUUUCCUAUAGUCAUUUUCUAGUAUUUUGAAGGUUUGCUUUUUCUUGAGGUUUCUUCUUACAUAAUCUAUCAUGAAGCCUCUUACAUAUGCCUUCAUUGUAUCCCAAUGGUUUUGGAUUGAGGUAUCUUACUUUUUAUUUUCCUUAAAGAAAAAGACCAAUUCCUUCUCUAUUUUUUGUACAAACUCUUUAUCUUUUAAGAUCAUAAUAUUUAAAGUCCAUCUGGAUCUUUUCCUUGGCCUUUCCAUAUCAACGUCAUGGUGUUAUGAUCCGCCCAGGUAUUAGCUUCUAUGUCAAUUUUUUCUAUAUUAAAACACAUUUCUGUUGUCAUCCAUAUCAUCUCUAUUCUAGACCAGGACAAAUGUCUAUUUGAGUAAAAAGUAUAUUGUCUAUUCUCUUGAUUCCUUUCUCUCCACACGUCCUUUAAAUUCAUUUCCUCUACCAUUUUAAAAAAGGAUUUUGGAAGGAUCUUUCUAUUUUGCCUCAUUGCUUUUUCUGUUUUAUAGUCCAACUUUGCAUCGACUACGCCAUUGAAAUCACCAAGGAUGCAAGUAUUUUCAUAGUCCAAUUCAACAAUCUUCAUAUGCAAUUUCCUGUAGAAGUCGUCUUGAUUUUCAUUAGGGGCAUAUAAUGCUAUUAAAAGUAAUUUUGUAUUAUCAUUUAUUAUUUCCAACAUCAAAAUUCUACCAUUCUUAUCUGAAUAUAUUAAAUUUGCCCUAAUUGUCUCUUUUAUAUAUAAAGCUAUUUAUCUUUUCUUACAUUGGGGUAGUGAGGUAAAUACUUUCCCUAACUUUGGUUGUAUUAAUACUCGUUCAUGUUGCUUUUUAAUAUGUACUUCUUGCAAACAAAUUAUAUCCAAUUUCAAUUUCUCUAAUUUGUGAAACGUUUUCCUCCUCUUAAUAGUCGAAUUUAAUCCAUUUACAUGUAUUGAUAUCCAUUUUCUCUCUUCCAUUUCUAUACUUUGUGAUUAGGGUUUAUCGCUCUUGUCAAUCUGGGUUCACGUCAUGGCUUAACUUCUACCUUACCACCCACAGCACUUUCUUCUUUCUCAAGCAAUGCCAAUAGCUCUGACUCCUGUAAUUCAAUCAAUGUAACUUUAGCACUUGUAUCCAUUUCUUUCUCUUUAAAGAAUUCUGCAUAAAAAUCCUUGGCUUUGUCCAUGGUAUCUAUUCUAUAUUUUUGCGUUGCCAUGUAAACACCAGGCCCUCUGGUGCCAGCCAUCUGUAAUUAACGCCUUUCUGCAAUACAAUUUUAGUCAAAAAUUGGUAUUCUCUUCUCAACUCUCUUACUCUUCUUGGAACUUGUUUCAAUACAAUGAUUUCUUUGCCUUUAUAUUUCAAUGUUUUGCCUCUUGCUAUUUGUAAAAUUUGUGCUUUGAUUGAUUUUUUGGUGAAUCUUAUAUGAACUUCUCUAGGAAGGUUAUUCUUUGUUGCAUAUCUUGUAUGUACUCUGAAAAUCUCAUCAAUACCAUCAAGCGCCUUUUCCUUGCUAAUUUCUAACACUUCAGCCAAAAUUUCCACCACUUUAGCUUCCAAAUUCUCACCCUUCUCUUCCUCUAUAUUCUGGAAUCUAAGAAAAAAUUCUGCUCGUGACAGGCCUCAUUGAGCAAGGAGAAAAUGCUAACAGGAUUCCCUUCAUUGGCGUCCAGACAGGUUUGAUUAACUUGGUAGUUUACAAAAGACCAUUCAAGACCUUCCUCAAUAUAUUCUUCCUGCUGAGCCUUUAGAAAAUGGCCGACAAAAUGCUGCUGCAGUUUCUCACUGGCAUAGUUGAUUCAGAGCUGUUCCAAAUGGUUUUCCACAAAGAUUCAAAACCGUAAACAUCUAGUAGACCUAUGAAGUUGUUCCACACGGAAUUUGAGUUACAGAUCCUUUUAUUGCUCAUAAUGCCAACCAAUCAAAGAUCCUGGCAUAAAUCACCUUGGCUAGACAGUUCCUCCUUUCACACUCUGCCUUGCGACAAGGCUUCCUGAACACCUGCCGUUGUCUCCCAGCAGUUAUCGAUCCUGAGUGUGUCCAACAACUGCUCCCCAGGCACUCUUAAAAACCUGGAAGCAGUCUCUGCAAAGCCUUUGGCCAGGUCUUCUAACUCAACAAAGCUGUGCCUCAUCUUCUGACUCACAGAACUGAAUAUUGCCCAAAUGGAGAAGGCCAGCUAGUAUCUUAAAAACAUUAUUCUGGGUGAAACUGUCAAUACCCAAGUGAGUCAUGGCAUCCCAAGUGACAUCAAAGCAGUCUUCUUCUAGAGUUUUGUCAGAAUUUGGAAGCCAACAGAAACGCGCAUUCUCCACAAGUUCCAUUCUCGUGCUCAUUCUGCAUGGCUCCCUUUGCAAUCUGAUAAAAAAUAUGGAAAUUCCUUUCCUGAGGGGCUUGAUAAGCAAUUCUGGUUUUGUCUAGAAGACAAGUCUGAAUGGAGGUACUCGUUAAAAGCUGAUAUCUAUUUAAGUGAAGUUGGAUGUAUUUCCCAAAGCGGCUGCUGUUGUUAUUCCGAAGGGUACAUGCAUUUCCAAAAGCUUCAAUGACAGGAUUGGAAUUCAACACUCAUUGCUUGAUCCUCUUUACCAUUAUACUGCCUUCCGGGAUGUCAGAUGAAGCUGCAACGGUGGCAUAAAACUUCAUCAGGCAGCAGGAGGUCCAUGUCUUACCAGCACCACUUUCUCCGCUAACAAUUAUGGACUGACUAAUUAAAUCUGCCUCUGGACAUUUCGGUAGCUUUCUUCUGCUUCUGCUUCAGGUUUUAAUUCCUGAAGAUAAGCAAUAGCAUGCUAUUCUUUCAUGAGCUCUUGUGAGUAGAGAGACUGAACUGGAUGGAAGAGGUUGAUGCAAGGCUGCACCCCGCUUUGGUAUAAAACAUAUCAAUAGCAUAUCUUGCUUGCAGACACUUCAGAAUUGUUAUGGUGGUUACAGGAUUCACUUUGGUAAUGUCAUUGAUGCAAGAGACUUCUUGUUGGUCACUCAGAAAGGGUUUAACUUUUUUGUCCAAAGAAUUAUCUUCCCCAUCGUGAUGUGAAGCCAUUAGCCUGCCGUGUAUAGAUAGGUUUGGAAAGCGGAUAAAGCUAGAAUGGGAGUUUCAUGGUGGUCCUGGGGAAGCUGAAGGAAAUGUCCUCUAACAACAACCAGGAAAGGAAGGCUGAGGUCGCUCCUUACUGGUCCCAGUCCCAGUCCAGGUAAAGAAAGGGAAGGAACAAGAAGCAGAGACUGCUGAAUUUAAAUCACCCUCCAUUUUUAAAUGUUAAAAAUGAUAUGGAUUCCCCUAUCUGUUUAUAUUAGGGCAGUUAAAAUUAGAAAUGUAUAUAAAUCAGAAAGAAUAUUGUUUCCACCCAGAACUAAACCAUUUCAUUUUGGAGGUUCUGGCAAACUUUCUUAGGUACUUCACAGUUCAGCUUUAUCUUUAUUCUAGAUUUUGGAUGAUAUUUGAAUAGGGUAAGAUUAGUGCAUAUCAAUCCUUUCUCCAUUUCUAAACUGCAGCUCCUAGUAAAGAAUAAAUAAAAGUCUGUAUUUUCCCCCUCUCAGCAGCUUUACUGAUAUUCCAGAAUGGCAUGUCCUGUUUGCCCCCGAUUUUCCCAGAUCUUCCUCAUUCCAGCAAGCAUUGCCCACCUGUGACCUAAACUCCCUGGCACCUUCUCUCACAAGUUUCUCUUAGCUACUGAUAUUCACUCCUGAAAUCACUUCUACUCAAAACAGACUAGCCCCAUUUCUUCAGUAUACAGCAUCUAAAAUGUGACUCAGUUCAGGCCUGGACCAGCUAUUUCAGAAUGAUUUACAUAAAGUGUGAAACCUUAUUUGGGAUUUCCUUUGGGAGUUAAGAGGUCUGCUUAUCCAUGAGCAAUUCCCACAUGCUUAGAGGUUGCUAUAUAAUCAACUGAAUCCAUGUAAUUGGUUCAUUUAGACGCAAUAAGAGCAUUUACUGAAAUCAUUCUCUAAUACAAGUUUAGAAGUCAACAUAGUUUUAUAUUACUCAGAUCCAGUUUUACUUGUUAAAAUUUCACUAUCUUAGUGAAAUAUGUGAAACUUAGUGAAACUUUUUGUUUCCAAUAUUUCAGCUCACAUAUUUGUGAAUCAACACUGAAUGACUAGAGUAACCCAUGCCAAUUAAAAAUCUAGACCCCUUUAAGAAAGUAAGGUUGAAUUCUACUGAGCAGAUUCCUUUUGAUUAAAUAUGUUACAAUCAGAAUAUCAGUUAAUCUAGUUAUUUUAACAAAAAAGCUGCACAAUUUGUUAAUUGUUAUUCUAUUACAAUUUGUCAUUAAUUCAAGUCUGCUUGGUCUAGAGUGGUUUUAUUGCUAGCUUUUGAAAGUUCUACUAGUUAGCAAGCACAUCAACUUCUAGCGUGUUAAAUAGGUUUGAACUGUAAUGUAAUGUUAGACCAUUAUUCAAUAGUUCAUACCUGAACCUCAGAGGAUGUGUUAUUUCUUUUUCGAUUAACAUCUAUAUUGAAGGCUUUUGCUUCUAUUUUCUUCCAAAAUUAGUCUUUUUGCUAGGGAAGAAAAAGCGCAAAAAUGUUGGUUAAACAUGAUUAACAUUAUAGCCUAUAAUCUUAGCAUUUUCAAAGUAAAAUCUAAACACAAUUCUGAAUUUGUUUUCAAGGUGAUACUGAUUUAUACAAAUAUGCAUAAUUUUAAAAAAUGGCAAAUAUCUGUAUUCCCUUCCAUCCUAAAUAUGUAGAAUCUAUGCUUUUUAUUUAUAUGUUUCUAUAUCAUGUUUGUGUUAGCAUAUUAGACAAAUUUUAUUACAGAUAAAAGUAAAGCUUUUUACAUACUUGACUCUUUCACACAUUUAUAAUGCAAGAACAUAUAUAGGGAGAAUAUGGAUAUUUAAUGUCCAGGUUCUAUUUAUAGUACAGGUGCUAUUUAUUAAAAAAAUGGUAAGAAUGGUCUUGUAAUCAAUUAUUGUACUGAGCAUCAUAAUUUGAAUAAAUACACAUCACAAAAAGA